AUGUCGAGCUCCAUGGAGCCACGUCCUCUGGCGUCGGCCUUUGAGAGCCCGACCUUCGACGAGGACAGCUCCUUUCAUGUGGAGCAGCCCGUUGGGUCCAUGUCUAUCUCGCCAUGCGGUCGAGAUGUGGUGCUGGCUUCCAAGGAGGGCCUCCAUGUCAUCGAUCUGGACUCGCCAUACUCGCCGCCGCGCUAUCUGCCUCACCAUACCCCGUGGGAGGUGGCCGAUGUCCAGUGGUCACCAUUCGCCUCGCGCGACUACUGGGUGGUCAGCACAUCCAACCAGAAGGCUUUAGUCUGGAACUUGGCUAUGAAGACCUGGCAGAACUCAAUCGAGCAUGUGCUCCAUGCACACUCCCGAGCCAUCACCGACAUCAACUUCUCCGCGUUCCACCCGGAUAUCCUCGCGACGUGUGCGGUCGACAGCUUCAUUCACUGCUGGGACCUGCGCACUCCGUCGCGACCGGCGAUUUCAUUUUCGGAUUGGUUUACCGGCGCCACGCAGGUCAAAUGGAACCGACAAGACCCUCAUGUCAUUGCCAGCUCCCACGACCGGUUUCUUCGCAUUUGGGAUGAUCGCAUGGGCGCAUAUCCGAUACGGUCCAUCGAAGCUCACAACACCAAGAUCUAUGGCGUGGAUUGGAAUCGUGUCCGACGGGGCGCUAUAGUGACCUGCUCUCUGGACAAAACCGUCAAGUUCUGGGACUAUACCUCGGAACGAGAAACACCCGAAAAGCUCAUUCGAACCCCCUUUCCAGUCUGGCGAGCGAGAAACACUCCCUUUGGCUGGGGUGUGCUGGCGAUGCCGCAACGGGGUAACAAUGACCUUCACCUGUACAGCCGGCGAGCUGGCGAGGGCAGCAACCCAGACGAGGACCUACCUCUGGUGCAUAGCUUUCCCGGACACAAAGGCCAAGUGAAGGAAUUUCUGUGGAGGCCCCGCGGAGGCGUGGCGGACGGAAUUGACCAUCGAGAAUUUCAGCUCGUGACCUGGGGAGCGGACCGAGAGCUUCGUCUGCACCACGUGGACCCAGAUAUACUGCAACGCGUCGGCUACGAGAAGGGUAAAUCCUUUAUAUCUACACGGAACGUGACCCGCUUAGGCGCGGUAUACAAAAGUUUCCGUGAUGUGAACUCAGACCUGGACAUUGAAGACCUCGAAUCGGCCUCAUCCAUCGCUCCGAACGCCUCAAAUUCGCACUAUGGAGGUGCUGGAACCGGGAUGAAUGCGAUAUCCGUCCCCUACUCGCGCGGUUGGGCACGUGGAGGUCACGCCGACACCCGGGUCGGCAUGCAGCCACGCUCGAACUUGAGGGCCGACACCAACCCGAUUACCUGGAUGCGAGGUGUGAAGAUAUCGGGUUGGGAUAUCGAGACUCUGGGCGACGAAAUCAGCCAUGUCGGCGAAAAGUUCACCAAGGUGGUUUUCGACUCGGUCGAUGUACGCCAACGGAAGAUCACUAUAUCCCUGAACGGACCCUGGGGUGCCGAGGGCGCUUCCCUCUUCCUCAAAGUGGACAUCAAAUUCCCAGUCAGCUACCCCAAGAGCGCCACGCCGACAUUCAACAUCCAGAAAACCGCAGCGGUGACCGAUGAACUAGCCGGAAAACUUUCUGCAGAGUUGCGAACCAUUGCGGAGACCUACAUGUCUCGUAUGCGAGGAUGCCUCGAAGGUGCUGUUCGCUACCUUUUGGGUGAAAGCAGCCUGGAGGAAAGUAUCGCGUGGAUUCUCGGCGAGACUGGUGAGAAUAUCAAGUCUCUGAUGAACGGCGAACUGGAAGGCGACUCCAGCGACGAGGACGAAGUGGGCAUGACACAGAGCCAGGAGCUGGGGAUGAGUACUGAACUGCUGCGGCCAGUCAAUGCGAACGUCAUGGUACCGGUAGCCAAGGCGUGCGGUGCGCUGUGGGCCAACGACGGUCGCCUCGUCUGCUUUUUCCCACCCAAGAAAGACAAAUCAAUGGACAUGUUUGAAAACCUGGGAUUCAAAGAAAUGACCCGUCUGUCACGAUCAGGCAAGGUUUUUGAAGGCUUUGGUCGCCUCCAAACAGCCUCCCCUGGUCCACGCGGAUCCAUUACCAUGACCAGCACGGACGAUGAUGGCACCUCUGAUUAUUCCGACGAGUCAGAGUCAGAGAGCUCCAGCUCUUCGGGAUCAUCUGAUGACAUUAUUGCUGGGCUGCAGACCCGCUUUCCCGCACCGCAAACCUGGCGAAGCGCUGGUAGUUUGGGUAUACAUCGCCCGCGGUCUACAGAUAAUUCUCAACGAUCGACAGGAGGAACUGGGACCGUUAAGUCGGCCGAAGCACCCAAGAACGUCGUCUCCAUUCAUGACUUGAGCGAUAUGUUACCUGUGAAGCGGGAGCUGGCGAGCAAGUACCGCAUCACCGGUAAAGGAACAGAUGUCUGUGCCCACAACGCCGCCGUCGCUCUGGAUGCUGGCUCCUACGAGUUGGCCCAAAUCUGGGGGCUUAUCAAGCUCAUAUUGCAUGUGCGAAGAAACCCUGGCACACCUUUGGAAUCGGGGCUGGGAGUGCGGCGUAUGCUGCAGCAGAGGAAAGACGAGCUUGCUUCCGGUCUUUACAAAGGCGUCGCCAAUAGCGUGAUCCGAUGGGGGGAUCAUCCACUCGGUAGCCAUUGGCUAGUACCCGCUCUGUUCGAUCAUUUUGAGCGCAUCGGUGAUGUCCAAAUGUUAGCUAUGCUCUCGUGUGUGCUUCUCGAGGCCAACCCAGAGAGCAGAGCUAUAGACGAACCGCAUAAAUCCCCUUUGAGGGGCUCGAGACAACAUUCUACUUUCUCCCUGCAGUUUUCGUCUAGUGGCUCUACUGCGCAAAACAAGUCACUGGCCCCUACACCCGCGUCAUCGGUACCCAGAGAUACCUACACCCCGGCGCGAUCGUCAAGCGAGACUUGGCGGAUUGACGGGACACCUCCAUCACAUUCGACUGGCACUACACCUCCAUACGGUUCUCGCCCACGAGGCAUUAUUGACCGCAAAUCUCAGAGCCACAACGUUUCCAUUGCUGCAUCGCCGGACCAGCAAUUCCAGUCGCGCGGGGGAUUUGGAUCUGCGUUGGCAUCAUCACUUUCCCGGUCAUUCACCUUCGGACCGUCGUCAGCGUCGCCGCCGGUAGCCAACAAGAAGAAACCCAGUCCGGGAGAGAGCCCGGGCGCCGCCGCGGGUCAAGGGGUAGGGUCCACCACCAAUAAACCAGCGAUUCCCAGCUAUCUAACCUCUUCCACUACUAUCACCUCACAGACCUACUCCGAUACCGAAAGCGACAGACCGUCUCAACCGGCCAAACUAUCUGGGAGGUUCAAAGUCACGUUCAAAAACCAAAACGCGUUCAAUGGGGACGGCGCAGCCGCAUCGGACGCCCUUCUCGACCGUAACAAGGAGUGGCUGUACCGAUCGUACCGGGCCGCGUAUGCGGACCUGCUGUCAAUUUGGGACCUGCCCGUCCAGGAAAGUGAGGUCCUCAAGAUCGGUACGGUUGGUGAACGCGAGGAUGACUUGCACGCGAGCUCGUACUGGACCCGUCACGGCUCGGCCGUUACUGCGAUAUGGAACGACACCUCGGACCUGCAGGGUCUGGACUUCCAGCGCCACUGCAUGGGCUGCGGCCAUGCUCUACAGCUAUCCAUCUUCACCCCGCCAAGCCAGAAGACCGACUCAACCCGGUCAAGUCGUCAAUCCGCCACUUCACCAUCGUCGACGAUAUGUCGGAAUUGCAAGCCGCCACAACCACUUCCAACUAGACUGCCCUGCGUUAUCUGCGCCGAAGUCGUAGACGGCAUGCUGGUCCCCUGUCUCAACUGCGGCCAUGUAAGCUGUUUCGACUGUCAUCGACAAUGGUUCCUCGCACCGGGCGAUCGAUUCAACAGUCCCCUCGAGCAAUCCGAUCCCACCAAGACCCUACCCAGCUGUCCUACAGGAUGCGGCUGUAUCUGCUCCGAGCACGUAACCGCCGACGUUCCCAUGCCAACAUGGAGAGAGCCUGAUGUUGUCGCACCCGCGAGUCCCAAGCCGGAACCUCCCUCCUCAUCUACUACCCGUCGCAGCCAACAACCCGAUAAACGCCAGAGCCGCCGCAGAUCUGAGCCCGCACCCGCCGAUGGAGGUCUGGCGCAACCAUCUAAACUCGCGGCCGGACAAUUGGAAGAUGACCUCGAUCUGUGGCAGGAGACGUCCCCGUUUGCAUCGCUGGCUCGGGGACUGGGCGGUGGUCUGAGUCGCGGAUUGCGCACAACUGAUGAACGACGAAAGUCGAAGUCUAGAUCUCCUGUUGUGGCUGCGAGGCGUACAUAA